CAGGUCAGGCUGCGAACACUUCACUUUCCAGCCUCCACUCACAGAUGGAGUCCCUCAUAAUCUUCCUGUUCGUGAUUUCUGGCUCUGUAGCCCUGCAGCAGAAUCUGCAGGCGAAGCUUGGAGAUGAUGUCACUCUCCAGUGUCAGAUUUCCACAAAUGAAAGAAUCUCAGUGCUGAAGUGGAGCAGACCUGACCUGAACACAGACGGCUACGUCUACUUCUACAGGAACAAACGCUCCUAUGAAAACUACCAACAUCCAUCUUUUCAUGGAAGAGUGAAGCUGAGGGACCCGGAGAUGAAGGAUGGAGACGUUUCUCUGAUCCUGAACAACGUCACGUUUAAUGACACUGGGAUGUAUGAGUGUCACGUAGCAGUGAGGAACCCUGUGAGAAGUAAAAGAGUUCACACUGAGAUCAGUCACUUCAUCAACCUCACAGUCACAGGUGAAACAGAUGAAAAGUUGUUGCAGCAGAGACUCGUGGAAAGUGAAGCUGGAAAAGUGCAGGAUGUAACUCCGACUGUUAAGAUGAUUGUUUGUUAUGUUGCGGUUAUUGUUGUUGGUUUUCUGACAUUAUUCAUAUUUAAAAGAUAUCAGUUAAAAGGACUAAAUAUUACAGUCCCUGAUAAUGCAUUACUUUAAAUGGAGAGACUCUUGAGGGACGGCUGCUAUGAGGAAAGGCAGCCCAGAAACUUUGCAAGCAGCACAUGUCGUUGUUGCCUCAACUUUUGGUCUUUUACCCAGGCUAAUCUGCCAUUUUCCUUCUUUGGUUAGGUUUAGGGAUUAGAGAUCGAUCUAGAUAUCAUAUUAUGAUUUGGGACACAUCAUCAGUAGUGGACCCUGGAUUCAUCAGGUGUUUCGGCCAUUA